AUGUCUGCAAGAGUGCCAUUGGCAUAUGAGAUACUGAGUGCAACAGGCAAGAAGGUAUUCCAACCUAAUAAGAAAUCCCCUAUCCUGUUUCUUCACGGGUUUCUGGGAUCAAAACGAGAAAACAGACAUGCGAGCAGACUACUUGCCAAAGAUCUGACUCGGGAUGUCUAUACCUUGGAUCUACGAAACCAUGGCGACUCUGGUCAUCACCCCAAACAUGACUAUACCGAGAUGGCAUUGGAUGUCAAGUCUUUCAUCCAAACACAUGAAAUACAAAAUCCAACCGUGAUUGGCCACUCCAUGGGUGCUAAAACCGCUUUGAUCCUUGCAUUGGGCUCACCAGACCUUGUCUCCAAUGUCGUCGCCGUCGAUAAUGGCCCUAUUCAACUCCCCCUUUCUCCUGACUUCGAAACAUACCUGAAAUCCAUGGACAAGAUUCACAGUAUGCGUGUGGCUACUCACUGGGAAGCUGAUGCCAUUCUUCAGGCUUCUGUUGCGUCCCCCUCAGUCAGACCAUGGCUCUUGAGCAAUUUCAUUAAAGAGAAAGAUGCAUCUCAUUUGAAGUUACGUCUCUCGAUAGAUAUCCUCGAGAAGGCACUCGGUCCACUGGGAGAGUUUCCUUACACCCCGGAAUCUGGGACCUUCUCCAAACCCGUUCUAUUCCUUCGGGGUCUACAAAGCCACUACAUCCCGGAAAGUACAUUUCCAUUGAUCUCGUCACUUUUCCCUCAAUCCAAGAUAGUCAACAUCGACUGUGGGCAUUGGAUCGUGCAGGAAAAACCAGAGGAAUUCAGGCAAGCGGUCGUUCAAUUCCUACGCGCCAACGCUUAG